UAAGAUUAGACCAAAUAGUAAAUAAUAAAACAACACAUUUUAAAUUGUCUUUAGACGCGAACAACACAGCGGGGUCAAAAAAAAAAAAGUUCCUGGCUUCGGUGUUCCUAUCGGGAGAUAAACAGAGCUGGACCUAACUGCUUCCUGUAGCAGGCUAGCGUUAGCAGCUAGCUAUCCGUAACUGACGGAUUUAGAAGAAAAUAACAUCCAAAGAUGACCAAAGCGUCUCCUUCUCACGUCGUCCGCUAGCUAAUCUCACUGUAAUCCCGUGUUUUGCAGGAUUAGCUAGAUGGGUGCGUUUUAUUGCGCCGUAUGCAGGCAAACAUCUUUCUCUGGGAAAGGACACAUUUUCGGGAAAAGUCACCAAAGCCGACUCAGAGUGGUUCUUCUGAAAUUUCUAGAAAAAGUGAAAGAAGCUCGCCGAACCAUUAAAAAACCUCAGGUCGAGAAGUUCGAUGGCCCUCAGCAUGAGAAUAAGUUCUGGUGCUACUGCUGUGGGCUUGAAAUUGAACGAAAUGUCACUGACGGCAACAUGACUGUGCUACAUGGGGGCUUAUUGGAGCACAUGGCCACCCCGGAGCAUAAGAAGAACACGCACAAGUUCUGGUGGGAGAAUAAGGCCGACCCAAAGCUUCGAGACAAGGUCAUCAUCACAGAGGAGGAAAUUGAAAGGUUCAAAGAUGAGGUGACAAAAGUGUUGGACACCUGUGUGGAGAAAGAGGAUGAAUUCAUUAAACAGCAAGCCGAUCACAUCCGGGCCCAGGAGAAGCAGCGUCAGGAGGUCCUCCAGUCCCUUAUAGAGGUUUGUUUUCCCAGGAUGCAAUGGCAGUAUCCCUCACUGUGGCCUCACUAUGCCGUCAGCAAAAUCAGUAGAGGCUCUCACUUCAGGCCCCAAGACCAGCAGGCGGGGCCCAGCUGGGUCGACCCCAUGGUUGAUGUGCAGUGGGCUGGACUGGGACAAGCCCUGACCUUCAUCGGAUACCAGGAUUCAACGAAUAGUGGAAAUGUGCACACAGGAGCCAUCCCUCCCUGGCUGCAGGACGACCCUCUGGAGGGAAGCUCUGGAGCCGCUGCACAGCCAGAGAUCGGCCCUUCACUUCAAGACUUCCUCAAACAGAAGGAGCAGGAGAAGCUGAGGAAGCUCCCUCCAAACAGAGUUGGGGCAAACUUCGACCACAGCUCCCACACCGACGCCAACUGGCUGCCUUCCUUCGGCAGAGUGUGGAACAGCGGCCGGCGCUGGCAGUCCAGGCACCAGUUCAGACAGGAGGAGGGGCAGACAAACAGACACAAAAGAAAGCGGGAGCAUGGCACAGAUGGGUCCAAGAAAACAAAAACUGAAUAGCUGACAUGAAAUUCUGUCAGUAUUAUGGAGUUUGUACAGAAUUUAUGUGUGAACAAAUGUAUGUACUUUGUAAAAAUUGUAAAAGCUUUUGUACUAUUUUUAUUUCUAUGGAGUUGUACCUUCUUAGAUUUCCCAGGACAGUUGCAGAUCAUUUUAUUGUUGGCCACAGAGGCGUGUCAAUCUGGGAGAAUCUAACCUUCUCUGACACAGCUUGGAAACUACCCUGGACAUUGUUAAGGUUGUAAUUUGGUAGAUUAGUGUUGUGUCUAUUGGACAUGCUCAUGUUACAAGUCUGCCUUUGAUACCUGCACUUCUGAAUAAAACAUGUGUGAUGGAA